GCCUUUGAUCCAUCCAUUUCUUUCUGCUGCAGGAAUGCAUCUUCCUGGUUUUGGCCGCACCAUCGAUCUGAGGCCGGAGAGGCUGAGGAUAGGGUUUCGAUUUUGUUCCUGUAGUUUGGCAGGGAAAUGGCGGAACACAGUAGGAAGACGAAUGGGAACCGGGAAGAGAGAGGCUUGGGGUGUGCUAGUUUGAAUGACCAGCAAAGGCUGCUGCUUUUGCAUCCUUGCUUUCGUUCACCCCUUUUUAACUUUGUUUGAUUUGAAAUGGUUUGAAUGAUAUCCGUGAUUGAUUGUUUUCCCUGUUCAACUCCAUCCCUCUCUCUUGUCUCUUGCUCCUCCGCUCUGUUCUUGCUGGCCACAACGGCUGAGACAAGCAAGUGGGGUAGGAUUGAUUUCUCCUCAGCUCGGCAACUGAAACCAUUGCUAAUUAAGUCUCUCUUAGUACUGCCGGUACGGUAGAAAUACUAAUGCUUUAAUCCACAAACAAUGCGUUAGGCAUGCAGGUAACGCCUCUUUCUUAGUACUGUUCGUACAGUGUUAAUAAUGCUUUAAGCCGCAAAAAGACGCGUUACAGGAAACGCACACAGGGCUUCAGACCUUCAUCAGUUCUUCAAAUGCUCCAUCUGUUAGCCCUCCCUUUGUGCCCCUCGCGUCUUGCAUCGCAUUGCUUGCCUCUGCCGGUGACUCCCAUUUGCACUCAACUUCUCCAGUGCAUUCCAUUGCAGAAGGAUUCGGUGAGGAAUCUCAUCAUGCAGACUUCAAAAACAAGGAAUGGGCCCUCAGAUGCCCCGCAGAGGACUUCUCCAAGGACACCACGUGCAUCUCGUGUGGCCAAAACUGGAGGGAAUGAAACUGAUUCUACAGGAGCUACCCCGACAAGAACACCUACAGACAAGAGUCCUAAGGUCACCGAGCGGCGGUCUCCACGAAGCCCAGUUACCGAGAAGAAGCGCCCAAGUAGGCUAUCUGAACUGGAAUCUAAAGUCAGCCAGCUGCAAGAUGAACUGAAGAAGGUCAAGGAGCAGCUUAGCUCAUCGGAGGCACGGAGGCGCCACGCACAGCAGGAGGCUGAGGAAGCAAAAAAGCAAGAGCAGGCUGCAACUGCGAAGCUGGAGGACCUGCAGCACCAGAUUGAUAAGUCCUCAGCAGCAGAGGAAUCCCGUCGCCAGGAGCUGCGCAAGAUCUCACAGGAGUGUGACCGUGCCUGGGAGUCAGAGCUCGAGGCUGUGCAGAAGCAGCAGUCAGUAGAUGCCACUGCACUCAGCUCAGCCAUGUCUGAGAUUCAGAGGCUGAAGCAGCAGCUGGAAGCCACAUCAGAGUCUGAUGCAGCCCGUGCGAAGCAAUGUGAGUAUGCAGAAACUGAGAUUGAGGGAUUAAAGCAGGAGAUGGAGAUUCGCCUAGCGACCAUUGAGGGCCUGAAGGUAAAUGUCGGUGAGAGCGACAAGGCUGCAGCUGAGGCAAAUGCCAUAGCAAAUGAGGCCAAGCGGCAGCUGGAGACAGCAAAAGCCACCAUUGACUCGCUCAUAGCUGAGGGUGUCCGCCUGCAAAACUGCCUGAGAUCAAGGGACAUGGAGCUCAAUGAGUCUAAGGCUCGCAUAGCAUCGCUUGAGGAAGAUCUGAAGAAGGCACAGGACAUGGCCAAUACCAAUGUCAGCUUUGACAACCCUGAGCCUGAAUCUCUGAAGAAUGUGGUAACCACUGCUGAUGCCAAUGGGUUCUGUGAAAGUUCUGACCAGGAGAUCGAGCACCUGUGUAAUGCGCUUGAGGUGGCUGAGAUAAGGUACCAGGAGGAGCAAACACGGAUGACUAUUGAGACGAAGACGGCAUACGAGAUGCUGGAGAAUAUGAAGGCUGAGUACAUGCGCAAAGUGGGCGAGCUUGAGCUCGAGCUAAAGAACAAGAACGACGCACUCAUGGAAGCGAUGGCGGCAGCCUGUGCCGCAGGCAAAACACAGCAGGAACCUCACAAGCCAGACACCAUUCAGCCUGAGCUGGAGGCGAAGUUGAUGAGGUCGAUCACGGACAACGCAGACCUGAAGGCAAGCCUGAUGGACAAGGAGAACGCGCUGCAGAGUCUGGCAGAGGAGAACGAGACCCUAAAGAUGCAGGCUGGCAGGACAGAGGCGGAGCUGCAGCUGAAGUACGAGGCGGCAGUGGCGGAGCUGGAGCUGGCCAAGGCGGCGGAGCAGGACGUGCGGAUGCGUCUGGGCCUGGUCACCGAGGAGGCUGAUAAGAGCAGCCGGCGCGCCGCGCGGGCCUCCGAGCAGCUGGACGCGGUGCAGGCCGCGAGCGGAGAGAUGGAGGCCGAGCUGCGCCGGCUGCGCGUACAGUCCGACCAGUGGCGCAAGGCUGCCGAGGCGGCCGCAGCUGCUCUGUCAGGUGGCGGUGGCGGCGGGGAUAACGACGGCAUCGGGAGGACGGUGGAGCGGACUGGGUCACUGGAGCCAGAGUACAAUAACUCCAUUGGCGGGAAGCUGAUGAGCUCACCAUUCUCGGAUGAUGUGGAUGAUGAGUCGCCCAAGCGGCGCAACAGUGGUGGCGUUCUGCGGAGGAUGAGCGGGCUCUGGAAGAAGAGCCCCAAGUGAGCCGGAUCAGCCGGUCUGGUUCUGUAGGGUAGGGUGAAGGUGCUGCAAGCCUGCAACUGGUAGCAGCAAGAUGAGGUGUUACAGCUGCCAGAAUGAGGUGUAAUACUGAUCAGCAGAGAGGUUGUUAGCUUGCUCUGCUUGUAGUGCUACUAAUCCGGAUGCUGUAACAGUAGUAGUUAGCUGAUGAAUGCUCCAGGGAUGAUAAUGCUUUUGCAGAACAUUAUUAGUUGAUUGUGACAUGAUCAUCCUGUUUAGCUGCUGCAAGUGAACUUGAAAGCACGUUGGGCUUCCUUGUACUGCAUGGAAUCUGUGGGUGUUUUUUUUAA